UGGCCCGCCUCCUUGCCGGAAGCGGCUUCCGCUUCCGCGCGGCACUUCCGGUUCCCGGCGCGCCCCUCUCCGGUGCCGCGCGGCUGGCGGGACGGGCGGCGCCAUGGCGGGAAUCAAAGCGCUGAUCAGCCUGUCCUUUGGGGGAGCGGUCGGACUGAUGUUCUUGAUGCUCGGAUGUGCCCUGCCCCAAUACAACCAGUACUGGCCACUGUUUGUUCUGUUUUUUUACAUCCUUUCUCCUAUCCCAUACUGCAUAGCAAGAAGAUUGGUGGAUGACACGGAUGCUACAAGUAAUGCCUGCAAGGAACUGGCAAUAUUCCUUACAACAGGCAUUGUGGUCUCAGCAUUUGGGCUGCCCAUAGUGUUUGCAAGAGCAGAACUGAUUUACUGGGGCGCAUGCGCACUCGUUCUUACUGGGAAUACAGUCAUCUUUGCCACGAUCCUAGGAUUUUUCUUGGUCUUUGGCAGCAAUGACGACUUCAGCUGGCAGCAGUGGUGAAAGGAAGAUAAGAGAACUAUCCGCAGGCAUCUUGUCAUGCAGUGGCCAUCCAUACAAAUGAGAGAAUGGGCAAUAAAGAGAAGUAGCGUAGCAAGCCUCUUGAGUAUUCUAGAUGCUCCUUUUGACGUUGUUCGUUCUGAGUGUACUACUGUUGCUGACAGGGUUUCUACAUUUUAAUGAAGUGGAGAAAUGAUUGAUUUCAUUUUUACCUAUGGUAUGUUUUUAGGUGCUCUCUUGGUUUAAAAUUGUCACCCUUCUGUCCAAUGUUUUAUGUGAAGCUUUAAACCAGGAACAACAUUUAAAGAUAGUUUCAAAGAUUUAAAGUUGGGGGGUUUUGGUAGGGUUUUACUUUGUUGGUGGGGUUUUUUUUUUUGUUUUUGGUUUUUAAGUUAAGCAUUAAUACUAUGUUUCAAUUUUUUUUUAAUACCAGGAUUAAAUUAUAUACAAGCUGAAUGGAGGUAAGAGAUUGUCCACCACCAUUGCCAAUUACCAGACCAAUAGAUUGUUGCUAAAUUUUAGCAGAGGCAAGGUGGGAUGGAGAGAGUACUGGUUGCAGAUUUUCUUCUGCCCAUACCUCAUACUGGGUGAUGAAUGUUGAUAGCCUUCAUUUCAGGAGAAGGUUGAGGAGCAGGUAGAGUUAUUUGGGAGAAAGGUCCUGAAUUUUAACACCAUUAGCUCUUUUACCUGCUUUGUUAUGGAUUCUGUGGAUGUGACAUUCAAAUACUCUGUAAAUCUAUUGAUGCUGACAUACAAAACUGAAGUAUAUUGUAGGGGAAGAGAAAAUGAUGUUUAAAUUCCAUUUUUUAAAAAAAGUAUCUUUUGAACUCUUUCUAUUUAUAAGUAUUGUAUGGUUUUGAACUUCUAUUCAACUUUUUACCACAAAGAUGGUAAAAUAUUCAUUUAUGGAACUACUGGUCUGUGUUAAUUUGAAGCACAUACAAAGCUAUUUCCUCCUCCCCCUUUUUAAUUUAUUUUAUACAUAGCAUAUAUAUACAAAUAUAUAAUAAAACAGCUUUUAAAAUGUAGAUUAAAACCUCGUGUUAAACUUGCCUGAGUUUUCCCCCUUUUCUUUUUUUUUUCCUUUUCUUUUUUUUUUUUUUCUUUUUCUUUUUCCCCCCCUCAAUGCAGCUGAGGCACGACUCUUUUGGAAGUCACUGGCUGAACUGAUUUCACUGACUGUUUUUAAGUUCUUAUGCACUAUUGUUUAAUAAGAUUUACUGUUAUGUCUGUAACUGUAGCUUGUGUUCUGUAAGAUUGCACAUGUAGCUUCAAGUAUUUUAGACAAGUUUUCUGCAUACCUCUCAAUUGUCCGAUUUUUCAUUUGAAGAAAUCUGCCAUUGGACAUUCCAUCACAACACAGUUGAUGAGUACCACUUAACCAGGUUUGCCUGUACCUCGUGCACUGAUGACCUUGACCAAACUUACUUCUGAACUGUAUUUUUCAAUUCUUUAAAAGUAAGUCCAUGAAACUUAAACAUGUAUAAUUGAAAACUGACAAUUGCUUAGGUUUUUCUUAGUAGUAUGAAAAGGCACUGAACUGCAGGUCUUGGCUGUAGUAUUUAUGUGUGGAUGCAAACAAAGUAUAAAGUUUGCCUAUAUAUACGUACAUAUAUGUGUUCAUAAAUAUAUAUGAAUAUGUACACAUCUGAUAGCAAUGGGGUGUACGCCAGGAAUUGGUACUGGCAGGUGGAGGCAGACGGGUGUAGGUACCUCCUACUUUGUUGAUGUCCUGUGUGUGCAACAGAGGAACCAGCAGGUGCCAAGGCUCCAGUGCAGGUGCCAAGGCUCCAGUGCAGGAGCCAGUCCACAGCAGAUGUAUUUCAAGCAUAAGCAGGUGCUUCGCCAGGCUUCCUGCCAUGGUGGUGUUUGGAGCUGCAAGAGGGCUGUAGGAUCACCAUGUUUCUUUCCUUUUUUUGGCAAGAGUUCUGCCCACGCCCCCAGUACAACAGAGGCUUCAGAAAAAUCUUCUAAACCAGUGACUGAAGUUACAGUCCUCUGCAGUCCUUAUGAAGGAGGAAUGCCUAGGACUCGUACAAAUAUGAGUCUGUUACCUAUUACUUUUUCAUGGUCAAGAACUGUUUGUUUCUUCGUUCCUGAAACCACGUGAUGCUACUCUCUGGAUUACUGGUCAGUGGAGCUGACUGUGUAUGUAUUGGUGGUGCAUUUUUUAUUUGUUAAUUGCAUUACAGCACUCCCUGCUUGCUUGCACACCAAGUAUAUGCAGUAUUAUUACUCUGACUUAUAAGUGGGACAAUUGAGAGGUAUGAUCCUUCCAUAUGAUAUGCACUGAGAUUGUUACCAUCCUUCUAGAGGGAAAAACUUUGAGCGAUACAAAUUUUAAAUAGCAAUCUUGAGUUCUGUAUGUUUAAUCAAAAAUACUCUAAUAAAAGAGUAUUUUGUUUGAA